AGUGGGUAUGGACUCAUGUGGUAGAACGCCCUCUUGAAUUUCGGAGGACGGCGCAAGAUGGCGGCGCCCUUGGAGUUGGCAGUGUGUGCUGAUUCGGCGGGUCAGCUAUGGAAUUGUUCUGUUUGGGAUUUAUAUACUGGGACUACUCUACUUUCCUACCGUGGUGGAAACAGUUCGCCGCGGUCUUUGGCUGUGUUGAAUGGCGAGCACUUGCUGGGGGCUCAGCUUGGCAAAAACUAUAUUAAUGUAUGGGAACUGCAGAGAAAGGAUCAGCUGCAACAGAAGAUAGUUUGUCCAGGAGUUGUGACGUGUUUGGCAGCUUCUCCUAAUGGAUUGUACAUUGUUGCUGGCAUUACAGAAAGCAUCUACUUGUGGGAUGUAUCCAGUGGUGCACUUUUAGCCAUUUUGAACAGACACUUCCAAGAUCUGACAUGCAUAUGCUUUACUGAUGAUAGCAGCCAUUUUGUGUCUGGAGGGAAAGACAACCUUGUAUUACUGUGGAACCUUUGCAGUGUUUUGGAGACGGAACUUUCUCGGAACCCAGAGCCACGGUAUGUAUGGUCUCGUCACACACUCCCUGUGACAGACAUUCACUGUGGCUUUGGAGGAUCUCUUGCUCGUAUUGGCACAGCCUCUCUGGAUCAAACUGUUAAGCUGUGGGAAAUUGCUUCAGGUGAGCUGUUGCUGUCCAUUCUGUUUGAUGUUGGGAUUACGUCUGUGGCAAUGGACCCUUCAGAGUAUAACCUUUUUUGUGGCGGUGUUGAUGGAAACAUCUUUCAAGUCAGCUUGUGUGCGUUGCCUGUACAAAGGACAAAAACUUUUCAGUCAGACAAAGAAAAUGGGUGCACUUUCAAAGGACACAGGAAUCAGGUAACCUGUCUGUCAGUCUCCAUGGAUGGUAGUCUGCUGCUUUCAGGAUCACAUGACGAGACAGUGAAGUUGUGGGACAUUCCGAGCAAGCAGUGCAUUCGGACAGUCUCCCAGAAGGGUCCAGUAACAAAUGCAUUUAUCAUGCCUACUGUUGCUAGUAUGUUUAAUCCAGACUGCAAAGCCAGUGUCGCUCUACCGAAGUUCAGUAAGCAUCUUCAGGCUGCCGAGAGUUCUGCAGACAGAGAAGGAGAUGGGAUGAUGCUGCGAAUUGGAUGCCAUCUUCAGGGUCGUGAAGAACGCUACUUGGAAAAGUCAGUAAGAUUACUAUCAACUGCAUCUGCUGCAGCAGAUAAGAAUCUUUUUGGAGAUGGAGAAUAUACAAAGAUUCGUGUGGCUGAGUUAGAGGAGGAAGUCAAAAAGCUGAAGAAAAUUAACAGAGAAUUGUAUGAUUUCUCCACACAGAUUUUAACCAAACAGACAUAAAAACGCUGUCAGUACUGUCCCGACAACAGAGGCCAUUUUUUAAAGUGCAUAGAGGGGCACAGUGUGCUAUUUUCUAGCAUGUUGCACAUUUAAGUUGGAUAAGAUUUAUAGGUAUUAAGAAAGAGGACUAGAAGAGAUACUUCCUCUGUUAAGCAUUCUUUACUAUCUUUUUCACUGUUCUAAACUACUCAGAAGUGAAAGACAAAAGGAGCUGGUUAGUUAUUAUUUUGCUAUAAUGUGCUUUUUUAAGUAAGGAGAAUUUGUUACCAUAGUUUCGGAAUAUGUAAGAUGCAAUAUUACUUUCACUCAAAAAUUUCUUGCAUUGCAAGGAAUGGAAUUUUUUGCUGUAAUAGAAUCUCACCAAUGUGCCUCAGUAAGCUUGAAGAAAUUUACGUGGUAUGGUGUAUAUAUGCCUAGGCAGUGUCAUAAAACAGGUAACCGAACACGGAGUGCACAUGUUGUAUUUGUAUUGAGCAAAAAAUCAUAUUCCUUAAAAAAAGAAAAAAAAAAAGCCUGUGCUCCACUGGUACUGGCUGAUUACAGGUCCCAGACUAUUGCAGGUGAAAUAGAAUAUCUUGGCCACGGGUUAUUGUAAUGUGUACCUUGUCCAUUACAUUACUGUGUUGAAGAUGUGUAUUUUCCUUUGUCCUCUCCUUAUGUUCACCAUUUUUAUUAAUAAAAAUUUGAUGUAAAAUA